AUGUUGGUCGGGUGCAACAGGUUGUCCGACCUCGUGAUUGGUACGGUCCGAACGCAGUCUUCCGACUCACUGGUCACAGACUCGGCGUCAUCAGCGACGGCCUUUGCAUGCGGCAAUGCGAGUGGCGGAAGACUAGGGCCUAUCGGCGUCGACGAUAACGGUAUCCCCGUGGCCUCUAUCCUCGAAGCGGCCCAUUUGAGUGGCCUAAGGACUGGCCUUGUUGUCACAACCCGCCUUUCCCACGCAACUCCUGCUUGUAAGACAGUGGACUACGUCCUAAACGGCUACUUUAUCAUGAUUGAGGCCUCUCUCUUAGCCUAUAUCAAGCAAUACAUUGAUUCCCAUCCAGACACUCACCUACUAUCGGCCGCCGAUCAUGAAUGCGGGGGCUUGACCCUCGAGGAUGGCUACAAUCCUACAGCUCUCCAGGGCGCCAACCACACGUUUGAGUACCUCGGCCAGCUUUUUGGCGACUACAAAGGAAACAAAGGUGCCUAUCUCAAGGAUAAGCUCCUGCCUAUGUACGGCCUCCUGGACGUUUCAAGCGACAAUAUCGAGGCCCUUGUAAAGAUUGCACAAGAUAGGGGUGUUGGGGCAUUGGGAGUUGCCGCUGGCAAUCUCCUGGCGUCUGAGGCUGGCCUACACUGGUCUACUGAAGGCCACACGGCUGCCGACGUAGUCCUUUACGGAUAUGCCAACAAAGAUGCUCUUAGGGCCAUGAAGGACUUGAUUGGCAGGAACAUCAAUAACAACGACAUACCCCUCUACAUAGAGGAGGUUUUGGGUCUGAGUCUAGCAGAUACGACGCGGGCGUUGAGAAAGGAUGGUGUUGACUGGGUGGGCCGGAGAGAUGAGCUUCACCUUGUCAAGAGGGCGGGCAAGGCGCGUGCCAGGGGCCAUGAUCAUUGA